AUGUUUCAUGUUCCGCAGCACCAGGACCUCAGCACCAGGGCCUCAGCACCAGGACCUCAGCACCAGGACCUCAGCACCAGGACCUCAGCACCAGGGCCUCAGCACCAGCACCUCAGCACCAGGACCUCAGCACCAGGACCUCAGCACCAGGGCCUCAGCACCAGGGCCUCAGCACCAGGACCUCAGCACCAGGGCCUCAGCACCAGGACCUCAGCACCAGGGCCUCAGCACCAGGUCCUCAGCACCAGGUCCUCAGCACCAGGGCCUCAGCACCAGGACCUCAGCACCAGCACCUCAGCACCAGGACCUCAGCACCAGGACCUCAGCACCAGGACCUCAGCACCAGGGCCUCAGCACCAGGACCUCAGCACCAGGACCUCAGCACCAUGGGGCCUCAGACCAAAGCAAUAA